UCUCAUUGGUUGGCGGUAAGAGCCAAUGAGACGUACCUGCUUGUAGGUAGAUCUUUGAACGCUUCGUAUGAUUUUCGCGGGACCCAUCUUGGUGUGUGGUGCUUUUAUGAAUUCAUCGUCGCAAGGUACACUAUGGAUAAUGUUGAACGGACUCGUGGUGUGGCAGGCUUGUGUGAAGUGUGUGGAACAAAUUUUAAUACAAGAAAAAGCUUGUACCGACAUAUGAGGAUGAAGCAUCGCAAGAAUAUUUAUGUACAGCCUAGGAAAGAAAUAUGUAAUAUCUGCGACAAGUUGGUAACAGACGUAAACAAACACAUGAAGAGACACAAUUUCGCGUCUGGAAAGAUGACAUGUACCGAGUGCAAUACAUUUAGAUGCUCUCGGAGGCAAGAACUGAUACACCAUUUGGAGUGUGUUCACCAACAGAAAAUGGAGUGCAAGGAAAUGACAUUUAAUUCUGUGGAAGAGUUCUUUCUGUGGAAGGAACAGAUGGAAGCUGAAGAGAAGGUUUCCUUCAUAAGACCAAGGGGAAAACAGAAAUGUGAUUAUUUUGUUUGCCACCGUUCUGGAUAUGUUGACAAAACAGCUUCAGGCAAAAGGUUAAGGGAAUCUUCAAUCAAAAUUGGCGGCACGUGCCCUGCCUGUUUGGUAGUAAAAAAUGUGUCAUCUAACAUGGUUAAUGUCAAGUUCUACAGGACACACACAGGACAGUCUCUCUGUGGGUAG